CAACAACAACAACAACAACAACAACAACAACAGCAACAGCAACAGCAUCACCACCGCCAUUACUCUCUCAUCCUCAUGUACAUCCUUCGUUGUCUCUUCCACCUCCACCUCUUCCUUCUUCCAACACGUCUUCUACAUCUACCCAGCAUUAUCAUCAUGUUGUUUCACCUACCUCCUCGUUGCCUCUCCCUUCUCCUCCGCCUUCGCUUCAUGCCCAUCAUCCUUACCAUCGUCAACAACUUGUAUUUCCUCCUUCUCAUUCCUUUCAGCAACAAGGAUCAUUUGAAGAGUCGUUCACGACGACGACGACACCGACAACACCACUCUAUCAGGAGAGUAGACAAGAAUUGCCCGUGGCUCCUUCAGUACCUUCCAUGAUACCUCUUCCUUCCUUGGGUAAAAGUAGUAGUCAUCGUAUGCAUCGUCCUCAGAGUCAGGAUGAAUGCUCCUCUUCUGUAUCGUCGCCCUCUAUACCAAUAGCCCAUGCCAAAAUGGAACACCACGCACAUCACCCGCACCACUCCGCGACCACGACGACUACUUCCCCUUUAUCCCUACCCCAUUCAAUACCACCUCAAAUUCAAUUACCUCCUUAUGAUCCAUUUCAUAUCCAUGAUAGUACUCCCAUUCAUUUCAGUUAACAUGAUUUCUAUAAAGAAUUAAAAAAAUGUCAACAUCUUGCAAGAUGCUUCUUUUUUGAUGAAAAGGCGGGGGUUGGUUUUUUUUAUUGAUUUUAGGUUUGAAUCAAUACAAGGUAUAUAUAUAUAUAUAUAUAUAUAUAUAUA